AUGUACUCCCAGAAAGAUAUUCUUAUACUGUCCUUCUAUGAGGAAGAACGACGUGCCCUUUCUACAUUGUUCAACAAAAUGCUCGGGCUGAAUGACAUCGCUGUGGAAAACGUCGAUGCCGCUCAAGGAAGCGAAAGUCCCUUUGUCACUGUCUCUAUGACUCGGCCCGGGAUUAGACCUAGCAUAGGGGUUUUCCAGGAUCAGCAUCGGCAAUGCGUUGCCCUGAGCCGAGCCCAAGAUGGCCUUGUGGUGGCUGGUCAUGAGAAAAUGGGCAAGACGCCGGGGGCAGGGUACAAGGCGUGGGAUAACGUCAUUCGGGCCCAUGAAAGAGGCAACCGUUUGAUCCAGCGGAUGGGAUAUGGUGAUUGGAUAACAACGCAUCUUCAAAUCUCCAGCAAAGACUGGGUGCAGAUCGAUGGGCAAUUCUGA